AGUUCUUCAAUCAACAAUUGAUGAAGUGUUUAGCAAAGACGAACUAAAAUCAGAGCCUAUAAUGGGGUGGCUAUGGCCGAUCGUUGACUUCUUUGUCAUUGUAGUUCUGGUUUUGGUUUUAGGGUUAGGUUCUGCGAUUGUAUUCGAAUCAUUCAGAAGAAGAUUCAAUCAUGCUCAUCUUGAAGCUCAUCCAAUAUUCGAGGAUCCAAAAUCAUUGAAACAGGUUCCAUGUCCUUACAUCUUUGAUCCUGCCGAGAAGUACAUAUCUCUGAUUAUUCCUGCAUUCAAUGAAGAGCAUAGGCUUCCUGGAGCUCUUGAUGAAACCAUGAAUUAUCUUCAGGAACGUGCGGCUAUGGACAAAUCAUUUUCUUACGAGGUGAUAAUUGUUGAUGAUGGUAGUACUGAUGGAACAAAGAGAGUAGCUUUUGACUUUGUGAGAAAAUAUACAGUAGACUAUGUGAGGGUUAUCCUCCUUGGAAGAAAUCAUGGCAAGGGAGAGGCUAUACGAAAAGGAAUGCUUCAUUCACGUGGUCAACUACUUCUAAUGCUGGAUGCUGAUGGGGCAACUAAGGUUAAUGACUUGGAAAAACUUGAAAAUCAGAUCUGUGCAGUUGCCAGAAAAGAAUUUCAUGGAGAAUCAGCUGCUAGUGAUUCAAGUUCAAGAGUUUCUGAUAUCCCAGUUGCUGCAUUUGGUUCUCGUGCACAUCUUGAGGAGAAGGCUCUUGCUACAAGGAAGUGGUACCGCAAUUUCUUAAUGAAAGGUUUCCAUGUUGUGGUUCUAUUGACUGCUGGUUCAGGGAUUCGUGAUACACAGUGUGGUUUUAAGAUGUUUACUCGAGCUGCUGCAAGGAAGCUUUUUACAAAUAUCCGUUUGAAGAGGUGGUGCUUUGAUGUGGAGCUAGUGUACUUGUGCAAAUGGUUUCGCAUUCCUAUUAUCGAGAUUUCUGUAAAUUGGUCUGAGAUUCCAGGAUCCAAGGUGAAUCCACUAAGCAUUCCUAACAUGCUGUGGGAGAUGGCACUUAUGUCUGUGGGGUAUAGAACAGGCAUGUGGAGAAUUUCUACUUGAGCCUUUUCAUUUUGGAAGCAUUAUAGUCUUCUUUCUAGCCUCGUUUUAGUGCCGUGGAGGAAGAAGUGACACACAAUUUGGUAGCUGCAGGACAUUCGCAUCUUUAAACACACUUGUACAACGAGCCUUGAUCUGACCUCAUCACUCAGGUUGUCUAAUUAUCUUGGGAAAAACUCUUUUUUCUUCAUUGUCAUUUACUUGAAUUUGGUUGAUUCGACAUAAAAUCACAGAGAAAAGACAUUAGACAAUACAUGGAAAUUGUUGGUUUAGAUGAGGAGGGAUUGUUGAUUACACUGAGAUUUUAAUCUUUGGCUCUUGUAUUAAUUUAGUUAUUUAAUUCAUAUUUGACAAUUUUAACGAGAGUGGC